GGAGCAGGGGGCUCUGCAGACAGUUAUAGGAGCAGGGGGCUCUGCAGACAGGUAUUACAGGGGCAGAGGGCUCUGCACGCAGGUAUUACAGGGGCAGGGGGCUCUGCAGACAGUUUCCCCUCACAGCCAGCAUGCCAGGACUGAGCUCUGCCUUGGGCAUUGUGCUGUGCUGGCUCUACCUGGUGCUCCCCCAUUUUGCUGGGGCCAGCUCGGGCCCCCCUAACAUGGUGUUUGUCCUGGCCGAUGACCUGGGAUUUAAUGAUGUGGGCUUUCAUGGCUCCGAGAUCCGAACCCCGAACUUGGACUCCCUGUCUGCCCAGGGGGUGCGGCUGGAGGGUUAUUACACCCAGCCCCUGUGCACCCCAUCCCGGAGCCAGCUCCUGAGCGGCCGAUACCAGAUACACACCGGGUUACAGCAUCAGAUAAUAUGGCCGUGUCAACCUCACUGCUUACCACUUGACGAAAAAUUGCUGCCAGAACUCCUGAAAGAAGCUGGGUAUAUCACCCACAUGGUGGGGAAAUGGCACCUUGGCAUGUAUAGGAAGGAGUGCCUGCCAACACGCCGGGGAUUUGACUCGUAUUUUGGGUAUUUGACGGGCGGUGAAGAUUACUAUAGUCAUCAAAGAUGUUAUGAAAAUAAAACUUUAAAUAUAUCAAGAUGUGCUCUCGACCUCCGAGAUGGAGAAGCUGCGGCUACUGGUUACUUGAAUAAAUAUUCCACGCACCUAUUUACAGAACGAGCCGUGGAUCUUAUCGCUAACCAUCAGAUCGAAAAGCCUUUAUUCCUCUACCUGGCUUACCAGGCGGUCCAUGCUCCCCUGGAAGUUCCGGAGCCAUACACACAACCCUACGCUUUCAUCAAAGACAAGAACCGGCGUCUCUAUGCUGGGAUGGUGUCCGCUUUGGAUGAAGCUGUGGGAAAUGUCACCGAUGCCUUGAAGAAGAAGGGAAUCUGGGACAACACGGUUUUUAUAUUCUCUACCGAUAACGGUGGGCAGACAUUGUCCGGAGGGAACAACUGGCCUCUUCGAGGAAGAAAGUGGACCCUUUGGGAAGGUGGCGUGAGAGGUGUUGGCUUUGUUACAAGUUCCCUGUUAAAACAGAAAGGAAUAGCCAGUAAAGAACUGAUCCAUAUCUCAGACUGGCUCCCCACCUUGGUGCACCUGGCUGGGGGCUCCACCAAUGGCACAAAACCCCUAGAUGGCUUCGAUGUAUGGAAAACUAUCAGUGAAGGAAGCCCGUCUCCCAGGGUGGAACUGCUUCAUAACAUAGACCCUCUGUUUGAUGAUUCAUUUCCAUGCAGCACAAACAACGAAACCGAAAAAUGGUCCUAUAAUCCCACCGCGCCUCACUGGGGACAUCCAUCUUUUAAUACAUCCAUCCAUGCCGCAAUACGAUAUAAGAAGUGGAAACUCCUCACUGGCUAUCCAGGCUGCAGUCGCUGGUUUCCACCACCGUCACUUGGCUCAGAUUUUGCGGCUCCCAAUUCUGAAAAUAAAACCCUAUGGCUAUUCAAUAUCGACGACGACCCAGAGGAGAGGAAUGACUUGUCCCAGAACUAUCCCGAUGUGGUUGAAAUUCUUCUCUCCCGGCUAGAACAUUACUACAAGGAUUCUGUGCCCAUUGACUACCCAGAUGAUGACCCAAAAUGUGAUCCUGGACCAUCUGGUGUCUGGGGACCUUGGGAAUGAAACCGUGUUGGCAGCAAUCUUUAACAUAAUUUUAGAUGUUAAUUUCUUUAAAUAUACAGAAAGCUGCACAUCUACCAUUCAUAAAGUUAUGGCACUUUUCUAAGACAACUAGACAGAUUUCAGUCUGAUCAUCGUACUUUAAAAUCCACAGCAGUGUGAAAAGUUUAAUGCUCAGGAAUAAAUAUAUAUGUACAUUUUUACUAAGGUGAGAAUUCAAAGUGAAUUUCAAUUUUGGAUCAAGCAGCAACUCUGGAAACAUUAGCCAGGUCCGUUAUACUUCCAUUUCGGUUACUCUGAUGUUAAAUCUGACAUUCACUUUAAAUUCUCAUUUCAGUAAAUCACCCGGUCUGUUUUCUAGUUCUCUCCAACAUUAUGAUCAUUAACCAUAAGAUAAUUGUUCUUGUGCCUUUUUUUGCUUUCAGUUGUAAACAAAUGGUGAAAUUGGCUAAAUUCCACAAACGGCAGUAAACGUAUAUUUGAAUAGUAAAAUUUAGGCAAAAAUAAUCAAUAUAUGACAACAAAUUUGUGAAUGUUUCCAGAUCAAUAUGUUGCCAUUCAGAUUUCAGUUCGAUAGAGUUCAGGGACUAUUGAAUGAGUCCUUACCCAUGUUUCCCACCAGAACCUAUCAGUAAUAGCAGGAUAGAGCAGGAACGUUUUGUGUGGUCAGCACCUGAACUCGUAAGAGUCAAUUCCCUGACUUGCUGGUGGUUUCCACCCCCAGCUAUUAUUAAUAGUUCAGAUUUUAACGGUUUCUACCUGCCAUGUUUGGUGUCUAAUUAAUGGAGGUUGGCAGUGUUUAAUUUGCAAUUCUUACACACUCAGUCAAUGACUUCCAUCCAAACGUGGUCACUAAUGCAGAUUUAGCAACUUCUCUUUAUUGAUACAUGAAGAGGGGGUUAGUCUGUGGUCCCCAGGGGACCCGAGUAAGUGUAAAAAUGUUUUGAAGCUACCAUGACUACUGCAGUGUGUUGAAGUGGUUUUGGUGCUUAGACUGAGCCAUUAAGCAGUUGCACACUUGAAAUGCAAGUAUCUGUGUAUUUGUGUAAAAAUUUCCACAACGACAAAUGUAUUAAAU